AUGAAGGUAGAAUAUGCGUUAUAUGACCGCAGUACGCUAGACAAAACCGUUGUUUUCAGCACCCAGAUCAAGCUACUACGCGACUUCUCUAACCAAUUUAACAAGCGUGAUGCUCAAAGGUGCUGGAAUGAGUUAAAGAUGGAUAAGCGCAUCAAUGACAAAGCAGUGACGAUGCCGUCUUCUAUGUUAGAGCGAUCAACGAGACAAAAUGCAAGUGCCAUUUGA